GUGUACUGUCUGUAAGAGUGACGUAUGAACAGCCGAAACGAAAACGAAAGAAAAGCCUCUUGUGCCGUUGUUAUCUUCUAUCAUUUCUAAAGAAUGGAGACAAACGGCCAAGCUAAUGGGCUUAAGUCUAAAAAGAAAGAUGACGCAGAUUCGAAGGAUAAUUUGUGGUCUGCUAUACUAGAGGAGGUUCAAAAUCAGGGGAAUACUAAAUUACCUUCCAAUAAGAACGUGCUAGUUCUGGGCGACAACGAAACUGGGAAGACAACUCUCAUAGCUAAGUUACAGGGGGUUGAAGACCCUAAAAAAGGAUCAGCUCUUGAAUAUGCAUUCAUAGAUGUUAGAGAUGAGUACCGUGAUGACCACACUAGGCUCAGUGUAUGGGUACUCGACGGAGAUCCAGGUCACACAAAUCUGCUCAAGUUUGCCCUUAACGAAGAAACAUUCCCCCACACAUUAGUGAUGCUCACAGUGGCAAUGACAACGCCAUGGGGUAUACUAGAUCAGUUACAAAGCUGGGCGUCUGUGCUCGGUGAUCACAUAGACAAAUUGGAUCUCACCCCCGAACAAAGGUUACAAAGUAAGAAGCAGCAGGUACAGAAGUGGCAGAGGUAUACGGAGCCGGGCGACGAGCUCGAGGCCAACGCCUCGUCCCCGAUGAAGCGUUCCUCCCGCAACCUGUCCGACGACCUGGACAGCGACGAUGAAGACAACCAGCUGCCCGAGGCUGUGCUCACAACUAACCUUGGCCUGGACAUCGUGGUUGUUGCCACUAAGACUGACUACAUGAGUACCCUGGAGAAGGAGCACGACUAUCGCGACGAGCAUUUCGACUUCAUGCAGCAGUGGAUCCGUCGGUUCUGUCUCCAAUACGGAGCGGCGUUAUUCUACACCAGCUCCAAAGAGGACAAGAACUGCGACCUGCUCUACAAAUAUCUCACACACCGGAUAUACGGUCUGCCGUUCAGGACGCCGGCGCUCAUAGUGGAGAAAGAUGCUGUGCUCAUACCGGCGGGUUGGGACAGCAUGAAGAAGAUCAGUAUCCUGUACGAGAACAUGCAGACGUGCCAGCCCGACGACUACUACAGAGACGCGAUCGUGCAGCCCGCUACCAGGAAGAGCGGCACUCGUUGUGAGGCGGAGGUGCAGGCUGAGGACGAGCAGGCAUUCCUCCAGCGGCAGUUGGCGGCGCUGCAGGCCGGCGCCCCCGCCCCCAGGGCUGACUCCCCGCUCAGGACCGCGCAGAGGGUCACGCCACAGUUGGACGGCGCCAAGAUCGGCAUGGGCACCGGCACUCCGGGCAACGAGGGCGUCCUGGCCAACUUCUUCAACUCGCUGUUAUACAAGAAGACGGGGUCGCCGGGGGCGCGCGCCCCGGACGCCUCGCCCGCAGCCGCCGCCGCCCGCUCGGACGCCGCGGCAGAGCUCGAUAGACUCACGCGCGCCAAGAGACCUCCGCCGCCCAUAGACCUCAACUCCUCCGACUGCUAGCGGGAUAAACGAGAAGGACCGUGUCGGUGGUGUGUGACCCGCAGCGCCCCCUACUAUAGCAUCCAUCGCCGCUGUGACGUCACUUUAAUAAUACACUGUGAAAUGUUAACGGUAAGGCUACCGGCUGCGUGAUGUACCACGUGAAGUAUCGAUGUAUCGUAACGCUAGGGAUGGGACGAGGCGUUUUCCGUCAUUCAUGUUAUCGAUGAUCCUCCCCGGCAGCCACGACCGGAAGGCGUCUCCGUCGCGCCGAUCACACAUCGGGUGUGCGUUAUCGAUAGUCGUAAUAGUUUCCUAUCCGGUAAUAUUUUACAUGUAAUAUGUUUUAUGAUAUUAAGUAUUUAUUUAGUUAGCUUAUGUUUGAACUUUGAUACGAAUGCCGGCGUCUAGCCGAGGUUUCAUGUUAUGGAUAAGUCAGCAAAUGUUCGAAUUCAUCUUGAGAUUACUUAACAUUUUGUAUAGAAUGAAAUUAAUAUAUAUAUAACUCGGAUACAUGAUGGAUACUGUUUUGAACUGUUUUAUUCUAUAUAAAAUGCUAGACAAAAUUGUGAUCUUCUAUGAAGACUGGAAGUCAUAGGAGGGGUUUAUGCACAAUGAAGUCAAAUGUUUGUACAAAUCAUUAUCCGAUUGUGACUUAAAGAAUGUUGUCAUGGUGAAAAAAAAAUGUUUUUUGGAAACCACACAAAAUAAUCGCAAUGUUGCCUGCUGAUAAUUAAACACAACAAGCACUUCUAUGUUAAAAACAUUUCAAAUGUAGUAAAAAAAAAAAACAGUAUUAUCGUCAUCAUAGCAUAUCACCAAUUUUUCUAUCUUUCCACGAUGGCAGGCUAAUAAUAAUAUAUAAAUACUUUUUUGUUUAUUUUUUUUUUUGCUCAUCAUGUUUUAAGAUAAAAUAACACUUAAUGUGACAACACCGAUGUACUGAAGUCAAAUUCAGAGUACACAUUGUAAUGAUUCUGUGAAGCGACGCCUCAGUCGACAGACUUUGUAAUGGUGACCUUCUUGUGUUAACACGUUUUAUUCUGAAUAUAAAUUUUUGUACUGUGAGAUGUAUCUAUGUUAUUGAUAACGAUUGGUUUGUGUUCGUUGGUGCAAUACAGAACAUUCCAAACCUGGUUUGGUGCUUAUUAAUAUAGUAAAUUUAUCUAAUAUCUAUUGAAGUUUCAUUUUCUCGCCCCUUGCUCUCUAGUGAUUUCGCACUAAGGUCACUAUUAUCAAAUUUGAGUACUUAAGAGACGAAGGCAUAGCUUUAUAACAUUACGUUCAGCCAUACUUAUCUAUCUGUAUGUAGAUGUUGAUUCAGUAAAUAUACCCAUGUAGAAUGUAAAUCAUAUAACGGCUCUAAGUUAUGCCCAAGAGGCGUCAAGUCUCUGAGAGCUUAACACUAAACGUUUCAUUGAACAAAAGUAUAAGUUUCCCAUUGAGAAAAUCUCUUUCAUUCAGGACAUGAAUGUUCAGUAGUAUAUAAAUAAAUUCCAUUCUGUAUUAAUAUUAGUAAUUAUAAUAUGAACUUAAUAUAUCUGAGGAUGUGACAGGAUACUUAAGGAUAAAAAUAUAUUUUUAUAGUAAUACUAAUCGAGGGUGGCUAAAUUGCAUAAUAAGCACCAAACUCUUGUGUAUGUAAAGAUUAAUGUAUAUAUUAUAUAAUUUUGGCAACUUUAAUCAUUAUCUGAGGUGAAAUCUGGCUUAUAUCCUGAUAUUGCUCAUUCAUGUACUCGGUAACUUCCUAGUCAAAGUGAAAUCUUAUUAUCGCUUCGUACUAAAUAUUCAUUCUGUGAUAACAUCAUUUCCACUUUCAUAGCCACCUGUAAGUCAAGCGUUGUAAUGUCUUACGCUUUAUUCACUACUAUGUUUUGUACAAAAUCAUCUUUUUAUAUAAAAUAUAUACUUCAUAUAUACUUACUCUUUGUUAGGUAUUUAAUUAAUUUUUUUUUUGUUUACAACCGUUUACUUAAUUUUGUCAUUUUUAGAAACAGAGAAAGCGAAUUGAUAUGAACGAUAAUUUACCAUAAAAAUUCACUAUUUUAUAAUUAUUAAUUAUCAAAUAAGUGAAAAGGCAUAGUGAUUUAAUGUUAGAUUCUCAUUAAAUGUAGUCGAUACGCUUCAAUAGUCUAGAUUGUAUUAACUCAUAUAAUUUUCGGUUGUUCAAUGUUUUAUUUAAAUAAAUCAUAAUUUAUAUAUUAUAUAGACACACACUAAUAAAAUAUUAAUUUGUUUGAGUGUCACAUAUAGGUAUAAGGAAGGUCUAAUAGAUUCCAAUGGUAUCCAAGUAAAUAUGCAUUUAAUAUUUACUCUGGAAUGCUCUGAUUGGACAUUUACAUACAUCUAGCUUACUCGAUACUUUAAUAGUAAUUAUUAAUGUUAAUAAAAAAAAUAAAUAUAUUCUAAUUUGAAACUGUAGCUUUGAAAGCUUCUAAUUUUUCCACAGAAUAAAGAAUUGAGGCGCACUAAUUAUUUAAAAAUGAUAUAUCAUUCUCCUAAUGUGGCAUAAUAUUUCUUAUCUGCAUUGUGAACUAGUUAUUGCUAUAAUGUAGUGCUCGAGACUGUCCUAUAAUAAUUAAUCCUCUAGAGAUAUUUUUAUUAUUGAAUAUAAUAAAAAAGCUUUGCAGAGCUUGAACCACUUUACUCUGUAUGUAAAUCUUACAGAGGCACUGAAGUGUAAUUGUGGCUGUAAUAAUUCAAUACAGAUUAUAGGCGACUGUUGUACAAGUUAUAAAAUAUUUUCAAUAAACAAGGAAUCUGUGAA